AACAACAGUGUCACCGGCCUCGCGCUUCGGGCCGUCUCUCCCAAAGCCCCCACCCAACUCUCUUUCCCUCUCUCGGGAUCUCUCGGCAAGGGAAGCGGUUUGUGUCAUCGAUCUGUAGAGCUCUGGGGUUCGAAAUGGAGGCUUUCAGCGCGAAGGAUUUCUCCACGAUUGGAGGGAUCGCGACAGUCUCGCUGCUCCAUUCCUUCAUCCCCACCCACUGGCUCCCUUUCUCCAUUGUCGGCCGCGCCCAGAAAUGGACCCUCUCCAGAACUCUCCUCGUCACUGCAUUUGGAGCUGUCCUGCAUGUGAUUUCGACCUCACUGCUUGGCAUUACUGCAAUUACCAUGGCUAACACGAUCGCUGGUGAGGAAACAGUGCAUAGACUUGCUUCCUUGCUUCUCAUAAUUCUUGGAGGAAGUUAUGUUCUGCUGUUCAUAUUUGGUAAGGGAGGCCAUAGUCACUCCCACAACCAUCCCAUGGAGAAGAUGGCUGUGGCUGGACUUAUUCUUGUACCGGCAUUAUCUCCUUGUGCAACAACACUUCCAGUUUUCCUUGCUGUUGGCAACUCCUCAUCUAUGAUGGUGCUAGCUAUUAUCGUUCUGCUAUUCAGUACUGUAACUGUAAUGACAUCUCUAGUAGCCCUCUCAUUUUAUGGUGCCAGCCAACUCAAAUUUCACUGGGUGGAGCGCUACGACAAUCUUAUUGUAGGCUCGGUGCUUUGUCUGGUUGGAAUACUGACAUUUGUUUUUCAUGAUCAUGAUGGUGAGGAGCAUUCAACUGGGGAGAAUUUUCCAAGAAAGCUGAUCGUCUGAUGAUAUUUGGGAAAACAAUACUCAUCAGAAACUCUGCAUCAUGUGGUGAUUUUUGAUUCAUUGAUGAGGUGAAAAGGUAAUUACAAUGUGGUUGAAGUAAAAGGGCAUUGUGCCUUCAAGCUCUAAUCACAAGGUUCUUUUACUUCAAUCUUUAUGUUUCUUGCUCUUGUUCCAUGAUGUAUAAGUUUACCUUGGAGCCAGAGGGCAAUGGCAUAUGGUGAUGAAAGUUUGAGCCUGCAAUACAAAUUGCAGCAAGUCACUGUGUAACUCAAGUUGAUGCUCAAUAUCUAGCGAGCAUGAAUUCGUCUGAGUACAUAAUUGAAUUUCCCCAACUUAAUGGAACAGGAAUUUCUAUAUUCAUAUAAAGUUCUGGGAUUGCU